ACGGAGCGAGUUUAAUUGUCCCAGCUGCUUGAAGUCGGAAAUAUCUGCCCAGCUGGCAGCCUCUGGACCUCAACAGCCCUGGGCUCACGCACGUGAGAAAUUGCCUCCAUCAUCACCGAGAGGAUGCUACAGGGGAACAAACGGUCAAGGUUGCCAAGCUCUCCGGAGGAUGGCGUGUGCUCCUUGGCACUGCCCUCGGACCAGCAGCUGGACAGGAAGAGCAAGGAGACGCAGGACACCGAGGGGCUCAAGAACGCCCGGGUGCAGGAGCAGGUCCGCAUGAGGAUGCUGCAGAAGAGCCACUCGGCCCCCAGGGCGAACGGAGCUGGGCCUGACUACGAGCCGAAAGGUGGAAUGAUCUCCAAUGGCAAAUACAACACUCUUCAGCCAAGCUUUAGCUCCAGAUCCCAAACAAAUGGCACAGACCACAAAGGCUCCCUAUAUCAGACAAAGAAAGGAUACAACACCAUGAAGUCUACUAACUGGUCCUCUCGCUCAGCAGUGGACCUCAGGCCCAGCAGAAGGAUGGCCUCCGUCAGCAACGGUGUUGGGCCCAAGGGCCUAAAUUAUGGCAUGAAUUACACCCUGUCUCAAGCUGCCAACUCGACUUCACGCCCAGGCUCUUUCCAUGAACGAAGCUAUCGGGCCCGUCCGAACUACGACACCAUGUCCCUCCACUCCCUGCGCUUGGCGGAUGGGCCGGGCAGUCCUGGGGGCAUCGACGAGCGCUAUAGCAUCAUGUCUGAGCAGAUAGACCCAUUGGCACAAGCUUCUCUCUACAAAAACAGGGGAGGCGUCAACUUCAACAAAUCCUACUCCUUCGAAAGGCAGAUGAGUGCUGGAUCUAAUGUUGGCAUGAAGGGGCCAACCAACUGGAUGGAUGGUGUGGAUGGACCCCAAAAUAGGACAGUCAUCCGUGCACCAGCCAUGCGCACCUUGCAGCGCUUCCAAAGCAACAACCGCUCCCGCAUGAGCACCGGCUCCUUCAGUGGACUCCAGUCUUCCCAAGGAGGCGUUGGGAGCUCCUAUGCAGGCGUAGUGGAGCGCAGUUCCCGUGCCCCGUCUGUGCAUAGCUUGGCUAAUUCCAACCACCAUUUGCAAGACCUGCGUGCCAUUGAUAUGUAUGAUGGUCACAACUCACUCGUGACCCAACAGUCCUUUUCUGGCGGGUUUGAUGACAUGGACCUGCCCUCUGCGGUGAAGUACCUGAUGGCCAGUGACCCCAACCUGCAAGUGCUUGGGGCUGCCUACAUCCAGCACAAGUGUUAUAGUGACAAUGACGCCAAGAAACAGGCUCGCAGCCUCCAAGCUGUGUCCAAGCUGGUGAAGCUUUUCAACAACCCCAACCAGGAGGUGCAGCGCCACGCCACCGGUGCCAUGCGCAAUCUCAUCUAUGACAAUGCUGAAAAUAAGCUGACGUUGGUGGAGGAGAACGGCAUUUACGAGCUGAUGCGCACUUUGCGUGAGCAAGAUGAUGAGCUGCGCAAGAAUGUUACAGGCAUCCUCUGGAAUCUGUCCUCCAGCGAUACCCUCAAGGACCGUCUGGCCCGAGACACCCUGGAGCAGCUGACAGAACUGAUCUUGAUCCCUCUGUCUGGCUCAGGCAACACUGCUGUUAUCCAGCAAAAUGCCUCUGAGGCAGAAAUCUUCUACAAUUCUACUGGCUUCCUCAGGAAUCUCAGCUCCGCCAGCCAGCAAACUCGACAGAAGAUGCGGGAGUGCCAUGGGCUAGUGGACUCCAUGGUCAAUUACAUUAACAGCUCACUGGAAGUGGGAAAGUCUGAAGACAAGAGUGUAGAAAAUGCGGUCUGCGUCCUGCGCAAUCUCUCCUACCGCCUGUACGACGAAAUGCCUCCUUCCUCACUCCAGCGACUGGAAGGCCAAAGGAGGAAUGACGGGGCGGCCAUGACGAGCGAGCUGGUGGGCUGCUUCAGCCCUCAGAGCAAGAAGGCCCGAGAGCUCUACGUGAACUCAGAUAUCGUGACCUUCACAGAAGUCUCUAAGGAUCCCAAGGGAAUGGAAUGGCUCUGGAACCCCCAGAUUAUAGGGGUCUAUAACAGGCUCCUGCAGAGAUGUGAAUUAAACAAACACACCACAGAGGCAGCUUCUGGGGCACUUCAGAACAUCACAGCCGGAGACCGAAGGUGGGCCGGUGUUCUCAGCAGAGUGGCUUUGGAGCAAGAGAGGAUCCUGAACCCAGUGCUGGACAGAGUCCGCACAGCUGACCAUCACCAGCUCCGUUCACUGACAGGGCUGAUUCGUAACCUGUCCCGGAAUGCGCGCAACAAGGAUGAGAUGUCAACCAAGGUGGUGAGCCAUUUGAUUGAGAAGCUGCCAGGGAGCCUCAGUGAUAAGUGGCCCCCAACAGACGUCAUCGUCAAUAUUAUCGCAGUGCUGAACAACUUGGUUGUGGAAAGCCCCAUUGCAGCGCGGGACAUUGUCUACUUCGAUGGCCUGCGUAAACUGUUCUUCAUCAAGAAGAAAAGGGACAGCUCUGACAGUGAGAAGUCAUCCAGAGCUGCUUCCAGCCUCCUGACCAACAUGUGGCAGUACAGCAAGCUUCAUCGGGACUAUAAGACGAAGGGCUACCGAAAAGAGGAUUUUGUUGGCCUGUAAAUUCAAGAGCUUCUGAGGCUUGCAGAAAGUGGACUGACUAGCCCCGAUACCUCUCCAUGAAAAUGUUUUUGAAGUGCUGUUGUAAAUGGCCAUGGUUCUGCUUCAUAAAGUUCCUUGCCUGCA